AUGCUGCUCGGGAAGAAGCCGCUGCCGCCCCACCGGCAACGCACGCUCCGGCAUCUCUUUGCGGACCCCGAAGGCCUCGAGUACCUCGUCUCGGAAGAUGCGACGCUGUACCCGCCCGUCGUGAUCCACGGGCGUGUGUUCACCAACAUCGACCCGCAGACGCGCGAGCGCGCUCAGAAGCGCUGGGACGCCCUCCGUGACGUGGUCAUUCGCACGCCAGAGCUCACGCGCAUUGCCCAAAAGCUGCAGGAGAGCGUUCGGAUCCUCAAGAUGCACCCGUCCGAGCGCUCGGACACGGACGUCGCGCAGCUCUACGCGUGGCUCAUGUCCCAAGAGAAUUUGAGCCCCGUCUUCAAACCAACGAUUGGCAAGAACGUCUGUCGUGAAAUGGAGUUUCUCCACCUUCGCCCCAACGACAUUAUUGUCCAUCAAGGCGACAUUGGCGAGACCUGCUUUAUUGUCGUGAGCGGUCAAGUGGGCAUUCACGUCCGGACGCCGGACGAGCAAGCCGCGUUUGCCAAAGCGGGUGGCCGCCAAGACUUUCCGCCCGACCCGCCCACGUGCCAGCAGGAGCAAGAGGCCGCGCGCCAAGCGGUGUCGUCUCGAAGGUCGAGCGGCCAAGUCGGCGGCCGGCGACUAAGCAACUUUCUGCCGCCAGCACCACCGAAGCCAGUGGUAACCCCCGAAAGCCUCGCGCGCUGCGGCAACAAGGUCGCGACGCUCCGGUCGGGCGCGACCUUUGGCGAGAUCUGUCUCAUCGAGGCCGACUCCAAGCGCACGGCCACCGUGAUCGUCGACGCUACUUGCCCGAUGGCCAACCUCAUCGUGCUCUCUGCGUCGUCGUACGCCAAGAUGACGCGCAGCCCGCGCACCGAGGGCACGAUCUCGGACCACAUUGCCUUUCUCGCGCAGAUGCACCUCUUCAAGACGUGGUCCAAAAUGCAGCUCAUGCGUCUCGCGUCGUCUCUGCGCUACAUGGUGUUUGCGCCGCAGCAGUACAUUUUGCGCAAGAACGUCGAUGUCGAGUACUUUUACAUGUUCCUCGGCGGCGAGGCCAAGGAAGUGUCGAGCGUCUCCUUUCACGAAGACGUUUUGACCGGGUACGGCCGCUGCUGCUUCUUCUUCACGACGAUCCCUAUAGCGUUGCCGUCAAGACGGCCGAACACAAGGGUGACGACCGAGCUCACACACCUGAGCAAGUUUGACGUGGCGGGACUCGUUUUGGGCAAAAAAAUGCACUUGUGCCCCGUCGACGUCAAAGCCGGUAGGCCAUGA